GAUGGACUGUACCGAGAACGGAUGCAGGGAUAGAUCGGUGUCACGUGGACCCUCCGGAUAUACCAGCUUCCUAGUCUUGCUCGCCUACUUUAUCAUUAUUUCGUUUCAUCGGAAAUGUUCCGAUACUGGAUGAAUAAAGUGAAGGAUUUAAUGAUGAUAAAAUAUGAGGAAGAAAAGAGAAAAAAGAUAUUACGGAAGUAGGUAAGUUUGAAAGGAUGUUGUAAAAUAGGAGGAAGAAACGGAUGAAGCGCAGAGACUGUGUAUGGCUAUUGAUACGCGAAGUCAUGAAGUGGAGGGCUUCGCACAAACUAGCAGAGCGAUGUCAACUUGAUGAUGAUAUACUGGGAAUGUGUUACUUUGGAAUCAAUUUAAUUCGAUGUUCAAGUAUCUCGAAAAAUUAAGAUCGAUAAAUUGAUAUUUUAAAAAGAUCUAUGUUUUUAAGAGAUAGUGAUAAUCCUGUUCUCGAUCUUUCCCUAUAAUGAUCAACAUAUUUAAUUACAAUGAUUAGAAAAAUAUGACUACCGAAAAUCAAUUAAAAGAAUAGGAACUAUACUUAAAAAAUCAGAAUCUGUAAAACAUGAAUUUUAAUCGAAAAUCAUCCUGUUUUCAUAAUAAUUAAGAAUUUCACAUUAAUAUUUACAAAGUAAAAGUGAAGUUGACAAAAAUCUAUGAAAGAAUCAAUACAAGGAUCAAUAUAAAAGUAAGAUGGAUCGCAAUUACAAGGAAGGUAGGCUAACAUAAGUCAGAGAUAAUGGCCUUAUGGAAGUAGAAAUAUAUACAUAGAGAUGUAAGGGUGUGGGAGAAGGGAUGAGAGAGAAGAGCGGGAAGAGGGGAAAAAGGAAAAGGGGGAUCUCUCCCGGUUUUCUAUCUCGCUGAUUUCAGUCGGUGAGCCGACAUGCACGAAAGCUCCCCAGCAUCAUCCACGUAGUCAUCAUCCACAGAUAGAAGAAGAAGAGUCUUUCCAGUUCCUCUCUGACCGAAGGACGCUGAACAGUUUGAUUCUUUCGGGAGUUCUACAUCGAAUUAAAAUUAAAGAAUAACAUUGUGUGAGAAACCAUGGACCGAUCUACCGAUCUGCGUUAACGAUCCAAGCUUGAACUUUCGAAGAAAAAAAAACAACAAGAAAAUAAAAUCACUCAGUGUUUGAUUCACUUGUGUUCGACUCUCUCAAAGUGAAGUGCAGACUAAGUGAAGUCUAUCUUAGGAUCAUCGAAACGGAUUCUACUAUUAGAAAGCUCAAUAAAUUAGGUACGGUGUUAUGUACGAAGAUCAGCAUCCUACGUAAGAACGCUUUCUCAGGGGUCAGGUCAAGUGGUUGGUGAAGAUCCAAGAUAAUUGAACAGUAUAAUUCAUUAGUUGUCCAUUUGCAAAAAUGACGGAAACAUCUAGAGAAGCUGAUGUGCCUGACUCAGAGAAUCCUGAUAAUGCAAGUACGUCUUUGAAUUUAGCAUGUACUCCAGCUAACAAUGGCAAACCACUUCCGGAUCGUGGAACGUGGAGUACCAAAUUGGACUUCAUUCUUAGUGUGGUUGGACUGGCCAUUGGACUCGGCAAUGUAUGGCGUUUUCCUUACCUCUGUUAUAAAAACGGAGGUGGUGCUUUCUUGAUCCCGUAUUUCUUAACAUUGGUAUUAGCUGGUAUACCAAUGUUCUUCAUGGAAUUAGCUCUUGGUCAAAUGUUAACAGUCGGCGGUUUGGGUGUUUUUAAAAUUGCUCCACUUUUUAAAGGUAUCGGUUACGCCGCUGCUGUGAUGUCCUGUUGGAUGAACGUUUAUUACAUAGUUAUCCUUGCAUGGGCGAUAUUUUAUUUCUUUAUGUCCAUGCACAGUGAAUUACCUUGGGGUAGCUGUAAUAAUUACUGGAAUACAAAAUAUUGCGUAAAUCCUUACGAUAGAAGUUCGUUACUUUGUUGGAAUCAAGUGACAAGGAAUCACAGUGUAAUUAAGAUGUGUUCCGUUAAUCAAUUGAACGUCACCGUCAAUGAACUUACAGAUCCUGUAAAAGAAUUUUGGGAACGUCGAGCAUUACAAAUUAGUGAGGGAGUAGAAUACGUAGGUACUAUACGUUGGGAAUUAGCUGGUACUCUAUUAUUGGUAUGGAUUUUAUGUUACUUUUGUAUCUGGAAAGGUGUGAAAUGGACUGGCAAGGUAGUUUACUUCACUUCACUUUUCCCUUACGUUCUACUUACGAUUUUAUUAAUUCGUGGGAUUACUUUGCCUGGUGCAAUGGAGGGUAUAAAAUUUUACAUCAGUCCAAAUCUGUCGAAAUUAAAAGAAUCUGAGGUAUGGAUAGACGCAGUCACACAAAUUUUCUUUUCCUAUGGACUCGGCCUUGGAACAUUGGUUGCUCUUGGUAGUUACAACAAAUUUACCAACAACGUUUACAAGGAUGCCCUCAUCGUUUGCUCGGUAAAUUCAUCGACUAGCAUGUUUGCUGGCUUUGUCAUCUUCUCGGUUGUUGGCUUCAUGGCUCACGAACAACAGAAACCUGUGGCCGAAGUUGCUGCUUCAGGACCAGGAUUAGCUUUCCUUGCUUAUCCUUCUGCAGUCCUUCAGUUACCAGGUGCACCACUCUGGUCGUGCCUUUUUUUCUUUAUGUUACUUUUGAUUGGUCUGGAUUCGCAGUUUUGUACUAUGGAAGGGUUCAUCACUGCAAUGGUGGACGAAUGGCCUCAGUUGUUACGUCGACGUAAAGAAGUAUUUAUUGCGAUAGUUUGUGCUUUAUCUUAUCUCAUCGGACUUUCAUGUAUUUCUCAAGGUGGAAUGUACGUCUUUCAAAUUCUGGACUCUUAUGCUGUAUCUGGAUUCUGCCUACUCUUUCUGAUCUUCUUCGAAUGUAUUUCGAUCAGUUGGGCUUUCGGGGUGAACAGAUUUUACGAUGCUCUCCGGGAUAUGAUCGGUUAUUAUCCCCUAAUGUGGUGGAAAUUUUGUUGGACUAUAACAACUCCGAUGAUAUGUGUCGGAGUUUUUGUCUUCAACCUGGUACAAUGGACGCCGGUAAAGUACUUGGAUUAUGAGUACCCGUGGUGGUCACAUGUAUUGGGCUGGUUCACAGCAUUAUCAUCUAUGCUUUGCAUACCAGGAUACAUGUUAUAUGCAUGGAUGAAAACACCAGGUGAUAACAGUACGAAAUAUAAAUUGUUAAUUCGAAUAGAAGAUGAUGUUGCAGCUUUACGAACAAAAAUGGGCCAACCAUCGGUCGAAUUAACACCACUUUAAAAUGUCUAGUCCCUGUUUUUAUCAAUUACCUAAAACACAGGGAUCUAUUUUGACCUUAUGAGACAUGAGGAGAAAGAACGCAACACUGCCGUUCUCAUUGCUUCCAAAAAGUUUCAACGCUCUGUGCGUAUGACAAUUAAAUCGGCUUAUUAAUUAGCCAUGUUGUAGGUAUUACGUCGAUCUAUCGCGAACAAGGCGAUAUAAAUAAUAACAAAUGAUAUUAAUAGCGCUAUUCGUUAUUAUUACUUCGGACAUAUCGAAAAGGACGAGAAUUCUCAAUGCUUCUACUAUUAAUCGUUGGCGUUAAAACUCUUGUAAAAAGUUGUGUAAAGAAAGAGAAGAAGAGUGUGUUAUAUCUAAUGUAAGCGUAAGCUAACAAAAAAGAAUACAUACACGUGUCUUUAUGUGCAAUGUACUCAUAAUACAUUAUUAGUCUGAGUUGCACUUGUAUGCUCUUUAGGUUGAAAGUGUUGGUAGGUUUAGAAAGAUCAAUAUACGUAUAUAUACGUGUAUAUAUACGUAUGUGUAUAUGUAUAUGUAUAUGUAUAUGUAUAUGUAUAUGUAUAUGUAUAUGUAUAUGUAUAUGUAUAUGUAUAUGUAUAUGUAUAUGUAUAUGUAUAUGUAUAUGCAUAUGUAUAUGUAUAUGUAUAUGUAUGUGUAUAUGUAUGUGUGUAUAUCUAUAUAUUUAUAUACGUAUAUCUAUAUACGUAAUAUAUAUAUUUACGUAUAUUUACACAUACAUAUAGAGUUAUAUUACAUAAACGUAGGUAUUAGGAUAUAUAGAUGUGUAUGUAUAAAAAAAAUAAUAUAUGUUAAAAGUUAGAUUUAGUAUGCUUAUAAGAUUGCAUAAAGAAUUAUUAAGAAGAAAAACCAAAAAACAAAGCAAAAAAAUCAACAAAUAAUUUAUUCGUUAUCGUUUAUCACAUUAGUUAUUCCAUUUGAGUUUUAACACCAAUCGUGAAAGAGUAAAUGAAAUGACAAAAAAGAGAUUAAAAUUGGCACUUUAUUGUUGAAUGUAAUAAAAAAAAAUAGUGCAUAUACAUAGGUACGUGCAUCCGUAAUGUGUUCAUAUAGUGAAUAUAAAAUGAUGAUCAUUUGUCGAUCGACGUGUA